CGCCCUGCUCGCCCGGCCCGAUCGCAGCGCUGCGCGCAUGGGGCGCGCCCCCGGGGGGGCGGCCGAGGGCCGCUGAGCGCCGGGCCCGCCUCCGCCGAUGCUCCCUGCCGCCCGCGCCGGGGGUCCCAGGCCGCGCCGGGCCCGGGGCUGAGCCGCCCCCUUCGCCAGGCAUGCCCGGCCCGGCCCGCCGCCCGCCGCCGCCCAGGGCCCGAGCCCGCGCGGCGCACACUCAGGCCGGCGGCGCCGCGUAGCCGAGGGAGCCCGGCCGCCGCGAGCCAGGCGCGGGGCGUCAAGGUCACCGGCCCGACGGGGCGCACGCACCGCCAUGGAGGCCAAGGUCCGCCCGAGUCGGCGCUCGCGCGCGCAGCGGGACCGUGGCCGGCGCCGGGAGGCCUCCCGCGACGCCCGCGCCCAGAGCCCGUCGUCGGGCGACGAGCCCGAGCCCAGCCCCGGCAAGGAGAACGCGGGCCUCCGCGGCGCGCCCCCCCGAGGCGCCGCCCCCGCGCCCCGCGCCGCGCGUCCCCCGCGUCGCCGCCGCCGCGAGUCCAGCUCGCAGGAGGAGGAGGUCAUCGACGGCUUCGCCAUCGCCAGCUUCAGCACCCUGGAGGCCCUGGAGAAGGAUAUGGCCCUGAAGCCACAUGAGCGGAAGGAGAAGUGGGAACGUCGCCUGGUCAAGAAGCCCCGGGAGUCGGAGAACUGCCCCGCGGCGGAGCCCAGUGAGAACAGGCGACCCCUGGAGGCCGGCAGCCCCGGGCAGGACCUGGAGCCCGCCUGCGAUGGAGCCAGGAAGGUCCUGCUGCAGGCCUCCAAGCAGAUGAAGGUCACCGUGUCCAAAGGGGGCGACCGGGACAGUGAUGAUGACAGCGUCCUCGAAGCCACCAGCUCCCGGUGGAGCAGCUCCCGAGACCCACUCAGCGAUAGCUCUGCGCAGGCGGUCUCGGGGAGAGGCUACUCCUGUGACAGCGAGAGCGGCCCGGAUGACAAGGCAUCGGUGGGCUCCGAGAAGCUCUUUGCCCCAGAAACCGACAGAGCCCCAGCGCUUUCGAAGUCGGAGGCCAAGGCCGUGGCGGUGCCCAAGGUGUCGGGCCUGGAGCGCAGCCGUGAGCUCAGCGCCGAGUGUUUCCUGCCCGCGGGCAGCCCCGCGGCCCCUGCCGCGCCCCGCCCAGGGCCCCCUCCCGGCGCCCGCGCCAGCCCCCUGGUGAAGAAGGAGCCCCCCGCCCCGCCCCGCCACACCCCGCAGCCGCUGCCCGCGCCCCCGCAGCCCCGCGGUCCGCUCCCGACACACGUGCCUGCGUCCCUGGGCGCCUUCGCGGGCCACGGCCUCGGCCAGGCGGCUGCCGGCGGCCUGCACAGCUUCAGGAGCAGCAGCGUGGGCAGCAACGCCCAUCUGGGCCUGGGGAAGCACGUGUCGCUGUCACCACACGGGCCGGGCCCCCACCUGUCUACCUCACACCUGGCGCUCCGGUCCCAGGCGCAGCACCAGCACCACGCGGCCAUGUUCGCCGCGCCCCCGACACUGCCCCCGCCCCCGGCGCUGCCGGCCAGCAGCCUGGUCCUCCCAGGACACCCGGCCGAUGCCAGCCUGUCGGUCUCAUUCAGCCAGCCAAUCAUGUAUUGCCAGCCUCAUUCGGGGAUUCUGAUUGAUCACGAGCUGCUCAGGCAAGAGCUGAACACGCGGUUUCUGGUGCAGAGCGCCGAGCGGCCUGGCGCCUCCCUGGGCCCGGGGGCUCUGCUGCGGGCGGAGUUCCAUCAGCACCAGCACACACACCAGCACACGCACCAACACACACACCAGCACCAACACACAUUCGCCCCGUUCCCCGCGGGGCUGCCCCCGACGCCGCCCGCCGCACCCCCGCCGUUUGACAAGUAUGCGCCCAAGCUGGACAGCCCCUACUUCCGACAUUCCAGCGUGAGUUUCUUCCCGUCCUUCCCUCCUGCCAUCCCGGGACUGCCCACCCUGCUCCCACACCCCGGCCCCUUCGGGUCACUGCAGGGCGCUUUUCAGCCCAAGCUCGCUUUCUCCCUUCAGACUUCAAGCCCCAUUGAGGCGGCCGGCCGGGCUGGUGCGGUUCACACACUCCUGCAGAAAGCGCCUGGGGUGUCCGACCCGUACCGGGCGGUGGUCAGGAAGCCGGGGAGGUGGUGCGCCGUCCACGUGCAGAUCGCCUGGCAGAUCCACCGCCACCAGCAGAAGAUGAAGCAGAUGCAACUGGAGCCCCACAAGCUGGAGGUGGGUGCGAAGCUGGACCUGUUUGGCAGAGCCCCCGCCCCGGGCGUGUUUGCCGGGCUCCACUACCCGCAGGACCUGGCCCGGCCCCUCUUCCCCAGCACAGACUGGCUGCCACCCCUAGGUGCCGCCCAUCCUGUCUCCAACCCAUUUGGACCCUCAGCCCAUCCCAGCAGCUUCCUGCCCACUGGCCCCCUGACAGACCCUUUCAGCAGACCAAGUACCUUCGGGGGCCUCGGGAGCCUGAGCAGCCACGCCUUUGGGGGCCUGGGCAGCCACGCACUGGCUCCCGGCGGCAGCAUCUUUGCCCCGAAGGAGGGCUCCUCCGUGCAUGGCCUGCCCAGCCCCCAUGACGCCUGGAACCGCCUGCACCGGGCCCCGCCUUCCUUCCCUGCACCGCCUCCGUGGCCCAAGUCUGUGGAUGCCGAGCGGGUGUCAGCCCUGACCAACCACGACCGAGAGCUGGACAGCAACGGCAAGGAGGAGCAGGAACGGGACCUGCCGGAGAAGACGCGCCUGCCGAGCCGGGCCUCGCCCGCCACCCACGCCGGCCACGCGGUCGGCGGCCUCCUGCUCCGCGGCCAGGGCGAGCCGGGCCGGGCCGGGGUCCCCGCGGAGCGCGAGGCCGAGCCUCGGGUCAAGGAGAGCCGCUCGCCCGCCAGGGAGGACGGCGCCAGGACGCCCCACGGCGUGAGGGUCAAGGAGGAGCGCGGGGAGGACGAGGCGCCCGAGCCCCCGGGGGGCGCCCCGCACCCCGCGCCCCUGCAGCCCGGCCCGGGCCGCUUCGCGUGGGAGCCGUUCCGCGGCCUGGAGCUGCCCCGCCGCGCCUUCCCCGCCGCUGGGUUCGAGCCCCCGGAGCGCCCCUACCGCGACCGCGAGCCUCGCGGCUUCAGCCCCGACCGCCUGCGGCCGCCCCCCGCCCCGGACGCCCUGCACUUCCCGCGCCUCGCGCUGCACAACGCGCCGCCCCCGCUGGUGACCGCGGCCGCGCCCCCCACGCCCCCCGGGCCGCCGCGGAGCCGGACUACGCCGCUGGGGGGCGACUACUCGCCGUCCCGGAACCCCCCGGAGGUGGAGGCGCGGUAGUCCCGGGCCGGAUUCGAUCCCAGGACUCAGCACAGCUCCGCGCCCCGCCGCCCUCCGGGGUUCGGCGGAAAAAAUGUGUUUGUACCUUUUCCCCCACAGAUGAGAAGUGUUUUUAAUGGAUUUGUAUUUUUCUUAAUUUUAUGCUCUUUAGACAUUUAAAAGAACCAAAAAAGAAACUUUGGCUUCUUCGUUUUCGGUUGGGAUUUGCAGUCCGACGGCCUCCGCUCCUCCUCCACGUCCCCAGGGUCUCUUUGUCUUAUUUAUGGAGAAAAACCGGUCACUUUGUCCAGCGCACUGUGAGGCCCCGCCCAGGCCCGCCCUGGCCCCCUGGUACUUGGAACCGAAGUUACAGAUCUAUAUUAAAAUAAUAAUAACGGUGUACACAACUUUGCUUUUUGCCUUAUUCUAUUAUGCAGAAGUGUAAGAGGAGUUUUGGGUUUGUUUUUUAAAAAGCAACCGGAACGUGUAAAUAGUCUGUUGAUACAAAUGUAUGACGUUAUUAAAUUCUUAACGUAGAUAGGCUUUAUAAAAACGGUUUCCAGAAACCCCUCUGGUUGUUUGUCUAACAAACAUGGUCACAAAAACCCAGGCGCUGCCAGUCGUCAGCGUGCUCAGAAGCUAACUGGCAGCGGCUUUCCGUCAACUAUGCAAGCGCUCCUCGGUGGGCGGCGGCUCUGUUGGUGGCAGAGGAACCUUCCUCCUGCGACCCCCCAGCCCCUGGGUCCGUGGAGGGGUUGGGUCCCCCCAGCAGGGCCCCUGGGCCAUCGGAGAGCAGCACUCCUGGGUGGCUCGCGUGGGCUUCAGGACUGGCUGGCUCCAGCCACAAGGGCGAUUCCGUGGACGUUUGUGUGGAUGGUGCAGUGUUCUCAAAAUCUGCAGACCAGACUGGUGGAGUUUUAGAAGUGCAGGAGUCUAAAGGCUGAUGACAAAAACAAACAAACAAACAAACAAACCUGCUGUUGUGUCUUCUCCCAUCUGAGGCGUCAUCGUCGCCUCAGCGCGGCCCCCGCCUCCCAGGCCCUUGGCCUGGCCGCCUCUCGGUUUGGGUUUCGCCCUCACCCACGUGAGCCCCCACGUCCUGCCCUCCCCGAGGCCUUCUGUAUCCCCCGCGUCGGGCUGGUGUCCCCGCCGGCGUUCCCAGCACCCAGCGUCGGCCUCUGGGCCACUCGCUUUGUUCAGUUCUGUGUCUCAGCUACGUUUCCACAGUGGACCCCGCUCGUUUAAUUCUGUCCCCGUGUCGAUCAGUAACUAUGUAAAUACAGUCUUGAUUUGGAUGAAA